GUUGGUUUCAGUCUACAUUCAGACACGCCACCGCACGGUUCAACGUCGACGUCGUCUCCAUGACGUACAUCAAUGUGUCACAGAUUAUAAUAUAUUAUCAAUUGGCCUAUUGAGAUUGUCAAUCGCUCGAGUCAGACAUUGACAGUUCUCCGAAAGUUUUCUUUUGGCAUUUCCGGUAAUUUGUGAUUUUUUUUUUUAUCUUUCUCGAUGUGGAUGACCGUUCGUGUAUGAGAAAACAUGCUGUUACACAUGGUGGACUUUGAGUGAUGAGACUAAUUGUUGGCGACAGCCGAUGAUAACACGAGUUAUCGAUUAAAUAGAGGAUUAAAAAAAAAUUUUAAUUAACUGAAUCAAUACUUGACGUGAGAUGACGAGUGGUCCUCAUCAGUCCUCACACGCGAGCCCAUCGCGAUCCAGUCUGAGUUGCUGUCAAGGUGGUGAUGACAGCAGCAGUUCAAAUGACAUUAGCCAAAUGCCAGAAUUGACAGGCAACAACAACUACCUUGUUACCAAAAAUCAUACAUUUCCAAAACGUCCAGAAGUUGAUCUCACAUUUAACAACAUUAAAUACAGCGUUAAAACCUGGAAUCUACGAAAAUUACAGCGAGACUCCAAGGAGAUUCUUCACGGUGUCAGUGGGCAAUUUAGAGCUGGUGAGCUGACAGCAAUAAUGGGCCCCUCGGGGGCUGGCAAAUCUACACUUCUCAACGUUCUAGCUGGAUUUACUGUUCAAGGUGCAAGCGGUGAAAUUUUUGUCAAUGGAAAACGCCGCACCCCAUACAGCGAGCGAUGGAAAAGAACAUCAACUUAUAUACAACAGGACUCACUACCACGUACUAAAUUGACUGUUGGCGAAGCCAUGACACUUGCCGCUAAUCUCAAGCUCGGGUAUACCAUUACCUCCACGUUUAAACACGCACAGGUACUAGAUUUGUUAGAAAUGUUAGGACUAAGUCAUUGUUACGACACCCUUUGUGGACGUCUCUCUGGUGGGCAAAAAAAGCGAUUGGAUGUUGCCUUCGAACUUCUGAGCAAUCCCUCAGUAUUAUUUCUGGACGAGCCGACGACGGGCCUCGACUCGGCAUCGUGUAGUUCCUGUAUUGCAUUGCUUCAGAGAUUGGCUAAAAUGGAAAAGCGUACGGUGGUGUGUACGAUACAUCAGCCGAGUGCUCUGUUAUUCGAGAUGUUUGAUUCACUUUACGCUUUGGCCGGUGGUCACUGCAUAUAUCGUGGCUCAAUUUCAUCAUUCUUACCACACCUGAUGUCGAUAGGUAUUUCCUGCCCACCAUACCACAAUCCAGCAGACUUCUUGAUUGAAGUUGCUAUCGGAGAUUAUGGAGUUACGGUUGAUAAAUUGUCAAUGGCCGCUGAGAACAUGUGGCAUGACAAUCAGGGAAUAGCUGUUGACUCUAAACUGAAGAGCAAUGCCAAGACUAUUCAAGUGUCUGUUAUCGAGGAGCCACCACCACCAGCCGGAUUUUUAGCCCAGUGUUAUUUACUCUACAAAAGACAAUUACUCAGUCUCAGACGGGAUUCCUCGUUAAUGAUAGUUCGAGUACUCUGUCACCUUAUGAUUGGAAUAAUCUUUGGGUAUCUGUACAGAGGCAGUGGCUAUCGUGCUAACAGUGUUCUUGCCAAUUACGUUUAUCUUUAUGGCUCACUUUUGCUCAUUGUUUACACUGGAAAGAUGGCGGUGACACUGGCAUUUCCUAUAGAAAUGCAAAUUCUCACUAGAGAGCAUUUCAAUAGGUGGUACAAAUUGGCACCGUAUUAUAUCAGCUUACUCCUUGUGGAGAUACCUUUUCAAGCUGCUUGUGCUGCUACGUAUUUAAUCGUUAGCUAUUGGCUGACUGGACAACCCGUCGAGACACAUCGUAUUUUGUGUUUCAUGGUAGUUAGCAUUGCUGCUAGCUUGUGUGCACAGGCUUGGGGAUUCUUUAUCGGGGCCACUACACCAGUUAAGAUUGCUGUUUUCGCUGGUCCGGUGAUAGCAGUUCUUUUCUCAGUGUUUGGAUUUUGUAUUCGUUACAUGGAUACUCCAGUAUUCUUUCGUUGGAUAUUCCACAUAUCUUACUUCAGAGCGGGCUUUCACAGUCUUCUCUACACAAUCUAUGGAUCUGGGAGAAGCGAGCUUUUCUGUGAUGAACUUUAUUGCCACUACAAGAAACCCUGGCUGUUCCUCAAGGAGAUGGAAAUCAACGAGACAAAUGUCAUAAAUAAUCUCGUGCUGAUCGUCGGUAUGGGUGUGCUCAUGCAUUUGUUAACAGCGAGUGCACUCUGGUGUAAACUUAAUCGGAGAUAAACUAGGAGAAUUGAUUUAAUGGUUACUGCAAGACAGUAUUCCAAAGUGGGCCCAUCGACGAACAAAAAAUCGUUGACAAUUCGUUUUAUAAAAACCGAGCAUAUCUUGCCCAGCCAGCUUCGCCACUCGAUCGACCUUUUGGUAUUCCUAUUUUAAAAUUGUGAAACUCAUUUUUUUUCGGAUGGGCCAUGACUUGAAUCUCUCAGAGCUUUAUAAAUUACUUAUGAUCUUGAUAAUUAUGACGAAUAAAUAAUUGUUAUGACAGGGUCGAUACAUGUUACACUACAUUAUGUCUCUCCGUGAAAUAUUCAUAUAUCGCUGACAGUUCUACGUUAUUUUUUAGAAAACCAGUGUAACACGAAAAAAGAAUAGUGUUUAUGACGGACCUAGUCGAGAAAAUAACUUAAUUAUUAUUUAAUGUUAAUAUUUGAUGCAUCCAGUGUUAAUGUUGUAAGAAUAUCUCUUUGGUUUUUAAAUAAAUCAAACUCAUUGUCAAUACAGUUUAAA